AUGACAACCGACGAGCUCCGAAGCCUCUUCCACGUGGAACAUCAAAGCCUGGUACCAUCCUACCACCUCGUCCACUUACACCACAUGGCCAGGCGGUACAUCCCACACCUAAACGCCCACACAUCAUCUAAGAAGAUCCCACACGAAAAGGCUGAUACGAACGAGAAAAUGUAUGCCAAAACAAGAGAUGCUAUCAAAGAGGAGAUUGGUGAUUUAAAUGAUACAGUGAGUGUAGAGUUUGAUGCGAAUUUAAGUGACAGUGAUAGUGAUGUGCACAAAAUUGAAUUGGAGGCGUUCGGGAAGACGUUGAACCUCGUGUUGAGGAGGCAGGAGGGUUUGCUGAAGAAGGACGGGUUAAGGAUGUGGAAGGCACUGACGAAUGAGUCACAGCCCCAUGGUGUGGACUAUGAGGAGAUGGUUACGGAAGGCGAAGAAGACCUGGGUGAAUUAUAUCAUGAUGACGAGAACGGAGCUGCUUUGUUGAUCAGACGACACCCGAAGCAUGGAAAACUCGUUGUGGAAGGCUCCAUCGGUCACGACCUGGUAAUCAGGCCUAUCCCUGAUUCUAUAACAGCACCUGACGACGAAUUGUUCCUGGACCCGAGUAGCAUGGCUGAUAUGGUUUCCAUUGACACAGGAUUGCCCUUAGUUAAGAGAAAUAAGAGCGCCCAAGAAGAAUUGCAAAAGAAGCUUCAAGGGGCUCAGCAUGUCAUCAUCAAGCGAGAUCCUGAGACAGGAGACCAUGAAAGUGAUUAUGCUUUCAUGGAGCCAGAUCACCUCAGUAAAAGGUUUAGGCGGCGACGUUCCACAGACUCUCACAGCCGGCGGAAACGGGAAGCGCCUUACGUCAUCUACCCGGAAAUACUCGUUAUUGUUGACUAUGACGGAUACAGGUUGCACGGUGGAGACAAUCUACAAAUUAAACGAUACUUCGUGUCAUUUUGGAAUGGAGUCGAUCUUAGGUACAAACUGCUUAAAGGGCCCAGGAUACGAAUCUCAAUUGCUGGUAUUAUUAUUUCUCGGGUAAGUUAA